AUGGGCCGGACGCUGCUCCUCGCGGGCACCUUCCUGCUCUGCUGUGCCACUGGGGGGGCGCUGGAGUGCCGUGUGUGCGAGGUGGGAAACCCCUAUGAGGGCUGCGUGUGGGGCCAGGGGACGUGCAAGGCCCCCCCUGGGGGCGUCUGCUGGAGCCACGUCGCCACCUUUGGCCCCCUCUUCUCGCUGUCCACUCUGGGCUGCAACCCCCCAGGGACCUCCUGCGACGCCGCCGGGCUCCUCGACCCCUUCUUCGGCUUCUCCUACAAUCGCACCUGCUGCAACGACACCGACCUCUGCAACGCGCCCCCCGCCCUGCCCGCCCGCUGGCCCUGGAGCUGCGCCCCCCGCUCCCUCUGUGCCCCCCAUGCCGGCCUGCUGGGGGCGCUGGCGCUCUGGGCCCUGCACUGA